GUGAACGCCCCCUCUCUCUCUCUCUCUCCAAAGUCCCACUUAGCAGUUGAAAACGGAGGUGGCCUUGAAAGUUGUGUCUACAGAACUCUUUCAAAGCACAAAUGGCUCAUUGUUCUUCUUCUUGUUUCAGUGGUUCGGUGUAAGAGUGUUCAGGGUCUCGAAACAAAGGUCUAAACCCUUCCCUUCCCAAGAUCUUGGUCUUGUGAGCCAGGAAGCAUUGAGGUAGCAAAGAUCUUAUACAGCCUUUAUUCUGUGGCAGGAGGGUAGUUAAAAUAUGCAGACCCCAAAGGGAAGAAGCAGUUCUUCAGAAAUGCCUCAAAAGAUCUCUCCUCGAACAGUUUCUGUUGAAGUGCCCCAAAAGAUUUCUCCUCAGGCAGUUUCUUCAGAAGUGCCUCAAAAGAUUUCUCCUCGAGUUGUGCGUCAACUGAAGACAACUGCAUUGGAAUCGGAAUCUUCAUCUGCUUCAAACCAAGCUAGUAGGACACCAAAAGACAGAAGCCCUAAAGUGAAUGAACGCAAGUCACCCAGAAGCCCAGUUCCUGAGAAGAAGCGCCCAAGCAGAGUUGCUGAGCUGGAAUCUCAGAUUUCUCAACUUCAAAAUGAUUUGAAAAAGGUGAAGGAUCAGCUGAGUUCAUCAGAAUCAUUGAAGAAGCAAGCCCAACAAGAAGCAGAGGAGUCAAAAAAGCAGCUCUCAGCCCUAUCUUCAAAGCUCGAAGAGUCCAAGCAACAGCUUUUGGAGCGGUCUGCUUUUGAGGAUGUUAGUGUAAUUGAACUCCAAAGUAUCUCCAAGGAACAAGACCAAGCAUGGGAAUCCAAGCUUGAGGCUAUCCAGAAGCAGCAUUCAGUUGAGUUAGGUGCUUUGGCCUCCGCUUUGGAUGAGAUUAAGAUACUAAAAGUCCAGCUUGAAAUGUUAGCUGAAUCUGAGGAUGAAAAGUCCAAGCAAGCAGAAUCUACCCAUGCUGAACUCCAUAGCUUGAAAGAAAACCUUGCAGAGACCCUUUUGCUUUUGGAAGACAUGAAAAACCAGCUGAGGGAUUGCAAAGAUUCGGAAGCUCAGGCACAGGCACUUCUUGGUGAAACUAUGCUUCAGCUGGAAACAACCAGAAGGACUGUAGAGAACCUCAGGUUGGAUGGUAUCAAAUCCAAGGAGGCCUAUGAAGCCAUAACUAUGGAGCUGGACCAAUCAAGGGCACACGAAAACAUGCUGGAACAACUUGUAAACAAACUUAAGGAUGAUAACACUAAUGCUGGCAGCAAUAUUUACUCGAAUUGUGAAGGUGAUCAAAACCACGAAUCUGAAACCAUAGAAACUGAAAAGACUGGAAAACCAAUUGAAGCAGAGCUUAGUUGCAUGAACUCUGAAGUACAACGACUAAGAUCUGCUCUGGAAGCCAAUGAGAUCAGAUACCAUGAAGAAAAAACUCAAAGCACAGUGCAGAUUAGAAGUGCUUAUGAAAUAGUAGAGCAGAUAAAAUCCACAUCGAGCCUGAGAGAGGGUGAGCUGGAGGCAGAACUAAAGAAAUCCAAAGUUGAUAUUGAAGAGUUGAAGGCAAACUUGAUGGAUAAGGAAACUGAAUUGCAGGGUAUCUGCGAGGAAAAUGAGGAUUUGAAUAUGCGGCUGGAGAAUGCUCUGUCAGGCAAUAGAGAGUUUGAACUUGAAAAGGAGCUCAAAAAAUUGAAGGACGAUGUUGAAAAUUUAAAAGCGAAUUUGAUGGAUAAGGAGACAGAAUUACAGAAUCUUUCUGAGGAAAACAAGAUACUAAAGUUUGAAACUGGAAACGGUGAAAUGAAUAACGGGGGUAAAGUGAGUGAUGAGGUUGUUAUCGACUUAGAGGCUGCAAGGGCUGCAGAGCGAGAGGCUCUCAUGAAGCUCGGUUAUGUGAUGGAGGAAGCAGAUAAGAGUAACAGGAAGGCAGCACGAGUGGCCGAGCAGUUGGAGGCAGUGCAGGCAGCAAAUUCUGAAAUGGAGGCCGAGUUAAGGAGGCUGAAGGUGCAGUCUGACCAGUGGAGAAAGGCCGCGGAGGCAGCUGCAGCUAUGCUUUCAACAGGAAACAAUGGAAAGUUUAUGGAGAGAACUGGGUCAAUGGACAGCCACUAUAGUCCUAUGGCAGGGAAGAUUGGUUCACCUUAUUCCGAAGACAUAGAGGAUGAAUUUAUCAAAAAGAAAAAUGGGAACAUGCUGAAGAGGAUUGGGGUCUUGUGGAAGAAGCCGCAGAAAUAGAAGCACGGCCACGAGAUGUCAUCCUACGCGACAAAAGCAGACUUUUUUUUAUAAGAAGAUAUUUGUGUGCCUAGUGCACUUCUGCAAUGCUCCUAGUAGUAAUGUGGUAGCUGUAAUUUUGAACCUUGUCCUUUUCCCUUUUGCCACAAUGUAUUAACUUAAUUUUACCCUAUGAUAAUAUGCAGUUAUACUGUCCUUUUGAUUAUGCAAAGUUAAUUUUAGACUUUAAACAUCUCUGUUGUAAACAAUCAGCUGUUCGCUACUUACUACAAGAUGUUUUUUUGGUUGAAGUGUUGUGAAUUCUC